AUGGAGUCGGCAGUUCUCGACUUUUUUGGCGUGGCCGGAGAAGAGUCUGGUGUACACGUUGAGGCAGGGCGGAACACAAUAAGCCGGAGAGGCGGCGACUGGCGGAGGGGAGAGAGAGAACGCACUGAGAAGGUGCAGUCCAACUGUGGCGUUAUUCUGAGGUUUGAGUCUCACUGGAGCAUCACAUUGGAUUACAACAAAUUUUUUUGGGCAUCAAAAUUAAUUCAGUUACGAGGGCAACUGGUAAAAAGGGGACCACAGUCCAACGAUCGACCUCGGGACAACUUUCUCAUGUGUCGCCGAUAUUACAUUCCUAAAGUUGUCAAGAACAUAAAAAUCACAGGCCUUGCUAACCACAUAUACGUGAUAACAGUUUCAACUUACUUUAACAAUUCACAAUGCAAAACAACAAAGGAUGUUGGCGCUCUUGCUAGACUAAAUGUCAUUCGCAUGAUUAACGUGUCUACAAUAGCAACCGUUGCUUGUGAGAAAGCGAAAAAGAAUCUUUCAAGCAUUGAGUAUGCUGAAAUCGUCAUAGGGAGCUUUCAUGACGAGACAGAAUUUACAUUGCACAUUAGUUGGGAGACAUUUGAAAUGUUAAACGACAAUUUAGUCAAGAUGUACAUUACUACUAUGGAGGAGUGUUUAAAGGGGGCAAAAAUCGACAAAUCAGCUAUAGACGAGGUCAUUCUAGUCGGUGGCUUAACUCGGAUCCCAAAGAUCGAGUCGGUGUUGGAGGAUUAUUUCGAUGGAAAAAAAUGUAUUACAUGA